AUGGCGAACGGACUGAAUGACACAAAUAUAUGUCUCAUCCCGAAGAUAACAAAGCCUAAUGCAAUGACUCAAUUCAGACCCAUUAGCCUGUGCAAUGUCAGCUACAAGAUAAUCUCUAAAGUCUUAUGCCAAAGGUUGAAAAAAGUGCUACCAGGUUUGAUAUCGGAAACCCAGUCAGCCUUUGUUGCUGGGAGACAGAUUUCAGAUAAUGUUAUGAUCGCUCAGGAAAUGUUCCACGCAUUGCGAAUGAAACCGAGUGGACGAAAUAAAAGGAUGGCCAUCAAGACAGACAUGAGCAAAGCAUAUGAUAGGAUUGAGUGGUCGUUUAUUGAAGCUGUCUUGCGUAAAAUGGGAUUCUCAGAAACUUGGACUAGCUGGGUCAUGCGAUGCAUUACAUCGGUGAAAUAUAGGGUUCUCAUGAAUGGAGAGCCAAGAGGGAAUAUUAUUCCAGGUAGAGGACUAAGACAAGGAGAUCCUUUGUCUCCUUUCAUUUUUAUUCUAUGCACGGAAGCGCUCGCUAGCCUUCUUAAUCAUGCAGAGAUACAAGGGAAGAUAACAGGGAUGCGUGUUACACGCACGUGUCCGUCGGUAUCCCACCUUCUCUUUGCUGAUGAUAGCCUUUUCUUCUGUAAGGCGGAGCCCCGUGAAUGUGAAGAAGUAAUGAAAGUAGUCAGAAGAUAUGGCAAAGCAUCUGGUCAAUGUAUCAACUUUGACAAAUCGUCCUUACUCUUUGGUAAGCGGAUUAAUGCAACUACUAGACAAGAGAUUAAAGAUGCACUUGGGAUACAGAAUGAAGGAGGAAUGAGAACAUACGCUCCGCAGAACGCAGGAACUCAAGUUGAUGCGAGCGUUCCGUGUGUUCCGGACACUUCAGUUCAGCCCACUGGAUCGUCUACAACUCCGAUUCUUGUCGAGGACAAAGAGAAGGCCGCCGAGUCCAUGCCUCCUCCUCCGGCUAGGAAAGAAAUCGUCCUGGCGCUGCGUGCUCCUAGUGCCGCUCCGGUCGUUCAGCCUAAGGGCCAGAAGAGGAAGUUCGCCAAGGGCGGUGACGGGGAAUCUUCGCAGCAAGUAGGUUCGAAUCUGGCGCCGGGGCUCCGCGGAAAGGUUCGUCCCUCGCAGUUUGUGUUGCUGAUCGAUGGAAUGAUCAGCGAGUGCGGUUCCGAGGUCAGUCGUCUGGCGAGGGAUCUGACGAAGAUGCAAGGCAAAUGUUUUGAAACGGAGGCCAUGCUGAAAGCUAUGGAGGGUUCUCAUUCCGCAAAGGUGUCUAAGCUCGAGGCCGAGAUCGGGGAGCUCGAGAGGGACCUUGGGACGACGGCGAGCUCUCUGCUUAAGGAGAAGAAGACUAGAAAGGCCAAGUCUUCGGAGGUGCGCCGACUUCAGCGUCAGAUUGAGAGUGGCGAAGAAUCGACGAGUCGCGGGAUCGAAGAGGCCUAG